AUGCAGCUUUCCAUCCCGCUCCUCCUCGUCCUCGCAGGCACCGGCAACGCCUGCAUGAAAUUCAAAGGCGUCGUCCCCUUCGCCGAGACGGCCCCCUUCGAAGCAAGCAUCACCGACAACGGCGUGACCACCUGCUGGAUCAGCACCACCUACGCCGAGCACGCCGCGGCCCAGGAAGCUUCCAGGCCCUUGCGAAUCUCCAAGCGCUCCAGCCACCGCAAGAUCUCGCUGUCGACCAUGCCAGCCCUCUCUGCGGACUCCCGCCCGGCCUACUUUUCCUCCCCGUAUACCUCGCCCCAGACCCCGGCGUCGAGCGGAGAGAAGGAGGUGGAUCUGAACGCCGUGCCCCCGCCGCGGGGCGGGCGCCUCCCCGAGACGCAGAAGUACCCGGAGGAGGCCUGGGAGGACUGGACGGUGUGGCAGCCGUGGAACUUCGAGUGCAUCCCGGGCUACAAGGCGCGGGCGAACGUGGGCCUGCGUAGUUUCGUGUACGUCGUGCACGGGCAGCAGUAUUUCUUCGUGCCGGACUUGCGGGAGGAUGUGGCGGGGGAGAAGUGGGAAUAUUCCUUGAGGCUUUGGUGUGGGGAGAGUGAUAAGAGGGGGAAGCUGGUUGCGAUGCCGAAGCCGAAGCCGAAUGGGGCUAAGGCUGAGGGAGAGCAGGCCAAGGGUGGUAAGGCCGAGGGAGAGCAGGCCAAGGGAGGGAAGGCCGGGGGAGCGAAGACGGAGGAGAAGAAAAAACAGGAGGGGGUUGCCGCAGUGCUGAACAAGGUCGCGGCGAACCGGGAGGGGACGGGGGCUGGGGUGAAGAGCGCUGGGGGAGGGGACGUGGGGAAGACUAGCGUCUCUGUUGCUGCUGGCGAUGUUGAUGGGAAGGCAACGAGCGGACGAGCGAGUGCUGCUGGAGGCGGGUCGGAACGUCCCGUUGCCGUUGCCGUUGCUAAGGCUGGAGACGCGAAGGGCCCGAGGACUGCCCAGAAGUCCAGUCAAGCUAUCGGUCAGGACUCUGGUCAAGCCGUUGGCAAGGGUCCCGCUCCGAGCCGCAGCGGCGAGGUGAAGAGCAGUGUCGCUCUGAACGACGAUGGAAAGGGCUCGACUGUCCAGGGUCAAAGGAAUCCCGCGAAGUACGGGCUGUAG